GAAAGGAUCCGCCUCUCUUUGUUUCACUUGUUAAGAAACAGGAAUUGUUCCCUGUUGAAGGUUAUUUUCCCCAUGCAAAGAUUCUAUUUUACAAGUUAUACAAGAGGACUGACUUGAGUUGCUUCACUCUUGAACCACAACCAUGCAGAUAUUUGAGCUGAACGUUUGAAAUUAGAUCGUCACAAUUCAAUUUGACUUAGGGGGAAAAAGCCUAUACGGAAGGAAAAUAAUGGAACUGGUGAAACUCAUAUUGUUGACCCUGUUCUGCACUUGUUUCCAUGCCCACUGUGCAGGCUCUGCAUAUCCACACAAACCAACAUGUAGGAUUGAAAAUGCCAAAGCAGACUGUAGUCAUAUGAAUCUGGAUGUAGUUCCAACCAACUUGCCCAAAAAUAUCACCACAUUAGAUGUGUCUCACAAUAGAUUAAAAAAUCUGUCUUCCUUGCUUUUGUACUCAAAUCUGGUGAAUGUAGAUGCCAGCUACAACUCUUUAACUGCCAUAGAAAAGGAUCUAUGUCUUUCUCUGCCACACCUGCAAAUUCUUAAUGUGCAACACAAUGAAGUAUAUUUGAUGAGCGAGAAAGACCUGAAAAACUGUUUUCAUUUAACACAACUUGACCUGUCUGACAAUCGGCUGAAGCUACAAGGGGAACCCUUCUCUGUUCUAAAGAGUUUGACAUGGUUGGAUGUAUCUCGAAACAAACUGAAAUCUGCUAAACUGGGCAUACAACCUCAGCUGCCAAACCUGGUGACCCUUGUUCUUUCUGGAAAUGAAUUUUCUGUACUGCAAAAGAAUGACUUCUCAUUCCUCAGUAAUUCCUCUGGAUUUCGGGUUCUGAUACUCUCGUCUCGGUCUCUUAAAAAGGUCGAGAAUGGCUGUUUCCAGGCUAUUGCUAGAAUAUCUGACUUGGUUCUGGAUCAGAGCAGGCUCAGCUCUCAGUUUAUCACCAAUCUUUGCGAAGAACUUGCUGGCACAGCCUUGCAAAACCUUUCCCUUAAGAACACUCUCCAGGUAACACUCACAAACAUGACUUUUCAAGGUCUAGACAAGACUAACAUCACAGUGCUUGACCUCAGCUACAACACAAUGUCAAAGAUUGCUGAUGGUGCCUUUCAGUGGUUUCCCCGACUGGAAUCUUUAUCCCUGGAGCAUAACUCCCUUAGACGCCUAACUAAGGACACCUUCAGUGGACUGGGAAAUCUAAGGCAGCUUAACCUGCAGAAAGCACUGAUUAAGAGUCGUGCAUCAUCCUUACCAAUUAUUGAAGACUUCUCAUUCCACCAUUUAGUCCAGUUGGAGCAUCUGUGUAUGGGAAAUACUGCAUUCCGAGAGAUAACGGAGCACAUCUUCUCUGGACUUCUGCACCUGAAGACACUGGAUUUAAGUUGGAGCAUCACAGGGUUGAAGACAGUCACAAACAAAACCUUUGCUUCUCUGCAAGAAUCUCCACUUCUUGAGACUCUUAAUCUUACAGCCAUGGGUAUAAACAAGUUGGGGCCUGGUGCCUUCUCAAUUUUGGGCAACCUUACUACACUCCUACUUGGCCGAAACUUCAUUAAUCAGCAGUUGAAAGGGGAUGAGUUAGAGGGCCUAACUAGCAUUAAAGAGAUUGACAUGUCUAUAAACCAGCAAAGUAUUUCCCUUACCAAUGCAUCAUUCAUCCACGUCCCUACGUUGAGGACUCUAAAGCUAGGUCGUGCCCUAAAAGGGACCCUAGAUAUGGAACAAUCUCCAUUUACGCCACUAGUCAACCUCACAGUUCUAGAUCUCAGUAAUAACAAUAUUGCAAACAUAAAUGCUGGCAUGCUGACAGGGCUGUAUCAUCUGAAAGUGCUGAAAAUGCAGCACAACAACUUGGCUAGGUUGUGGAAAACAGCCAACCCUGGUGGUCCAGUGUUUUUCCUCAAGGAUGCCACAAAGCUGACUCUUCUGGAUCUGGAUUACAAUGGCCUCGAUGAGAUUCCACUUGAUGCUUUGCGUGGCUUCUCUGAGUUACACGAGCUAAGUCUCCGUGGUAAUCUCUUGGAUCAGCUGCAUUCCUCUGUUUUUGAUGACCUACAGUCUUUAAAGUAUUUGCAUCUUCAAAAGAACCUUAUAACAUCCGUCCAACGUGCCACAUUUGGCGUGCCGCUGUCCAACCUGACAGAACUUUCCAUGGACCGCAACCCCUUUGACUGCACCUGUGAGAGCAUCCUGUGGUUCUCUGAGUGGCUAAACUCCACCAAUGCAAGUGUUCCUGGAUUUCCUCAAAGUUACAUCUGCAACACCCCAAAUGCCUACUUUAACCGCUCUGUCAUGAACUUUGACCCAUUGUCCUGCAAGGAUAUGACACCUUUUAAGGCACUGUACAUUUUAAGUAGUACAGCAGUGUUAAUGUUGUUAUUUACAGCUUUCCUGGUGCACUUCCAAGGAUGGAGAAUCCAGUUCUUUUGGAGCAUAAUGGUAAACCGUAUGCUGGGGUCGCUGAACAAUGAAAGUGUUGCUGAAGGUAGAUAUGAGUAUGAUGCUUAUAUCAUUCACACUGCUAAGGACAGACCAUGGGUGGAACGAAGCCUGCUCCCCCUAGAGGACGAAAAUGUUAUUUUUUUCCUUGAAGACAGAGAUGCAAUACCUGGCUUUUCUCAACUUGACACCAUUAUUGAUAACAUGGGAAAAUCCAGGAAAAUCAUUUUUGUUAUCACAGAAAUGCUUUUAAAGGAUCCAUGGUGUAGGCAAUUCAAAGCACAUCAUGCACUUCACCAGGUAAUGGAGGAGAAUCGUGACUCAUUGAUUCUGAUUUUCUUGCAAGAUGUAACUGAUUACAAUCUGAACCGUUCUCUGCAUCUUCGUCGUGGCAUGUUGAAACCUUGCUGUGUUCUCAACUGGCCUUUACACAGGGAACGUAUCCCAGCUUUCCAUCAGAAACUUCGUUCAGCAUUAGCCUCCACCAACAACCUUAACUAGAAAUUAUUUUUCCAUAAUGUUUAUUUUGUGCCAGGUCCUCAAUAGUUGUACUAACAGUCCUUACUUGAAUUCUCUGUUUCAUCACUUUCAUAUUUCUUAACACAUUUAAAGUUGAAAAUAAUUUGCAGGUCAGAUAAUAUUGAGUGAAUGUUCCUUCCAAAGCCAGCAGACCAUGCCACCUAGCAGAAAUUACAUCAAAUGGCUUUGCAAGGAAGCUACUAAAUGUGACCUGUCAAAUUGUUGCCUCAGGUACUGAUUAUUUGAUUGUUUCAACCUGAGAAGGAGUAAUUAGUAAAAAACUGAUGAUAAAUGUU